AUGGACAAAACGAGAAUAGCCACCUGGAAUGAUACCUUAGCAACACCACUUCCUCCAGGAAAUACGUCCACUAUAUUAUUGUGUGCGACUUUCAGCUUGAUUGGCACUUUCGGUAUCGUUGGUAAUGCAUUAGUGAUCAGCAUUAUUGAGAGGUUGCCAACGAACAACCGUGCUGCCUCUUUGCACCUCAUUUGCUCGCAAGCUGUCAACGAUCUUGUAGCGUCUUUCCUCAUUAUUCCCGUAACUUUGUGCGGCCUUUUCAGUGUACCACCCCCGCAGAAUUCUGCUAUAGUUGGCAACGUUUAUUGUCGGUUCAUCUACUCGUAUUCGAUUCUUUUCAUCACGUUCUCUUUAUCAACAUAUAAUCUCACAAUCCUCGCUUACGAACGUUACAUGGCGGUUGUAAAGCCAAUGGUUUAUAAAGCCAAGUUUACAAAAGCUCACUCUAAGAAAUGUGUUUACAUCUCGUGGAUCCUAGCGCCGUUGUCACAGAUGGUGUUAGUGACAUUCCAAUUCGACUAUGAUCGCCAUAAGGGUACUUGCAUAAAUGAUAACCCCUCGUUUGGGCCAAUAUUCCAGUCUAUUGUUGGAACAAUGAUAUUUGUUUGGGAGUAUCUCAUUCCG